GUCACUACGUAGCGUCGCGUUGCGUCGAGGUCGUCUCUGUCCUUCACAUCUCUCCACAUCUCCUCGGUUCGUCUCUGCUCUUCGACUGAGUAACGAUGGCUCUACUCACAACCAACAGGUUUCUGUCCGGCCUGGGGAACCUGACCCCGUCCCUGGGAGUCCUGUCCACCCGCCAUAGUUCUUGGUGGAGUGGAGUGGCAAUGGGCCCACCUGAUCCCAUCCUGGGGGUGACUGAGGCUUUUAGGAGGGACACUAACCCCAAAAAGAUGAACCUGGGGGUGGGAGCUUACAGAGACGAUCAGGGCAAGCCCUUUGUGCUCAGCUGUGUUCGCAAGGCAGAGGCCUUGAUUGCUGCCAAGCAGCUGGAUAAGGAGUACCUUCCCAUUGGUGGUCUGGGAGAGUUUACGAAGGCUUGUGCCCAGCUGGCACUUGGUGCUGACAAUGAGGUCCUGAAAAACAGCAGGAGCAUUACUGUGCAGACCAUUUCAGGAACUGGGUCCUUGCGUAUUGGAGCCAACUUUUUGUCCCGAUUUCAUACAGGUCCACGAGAUGUGUACUUGCCCAAACCCUCUUGGGGUAACCACACACCCAUCUUCAGAGAUGCAGGGAUGCAGCUCAAGGCCUACAGAUACUAUGACCCCACAACCUGUGGUUUUGACUUCAGUGGAGCGCUUGAAGACAUCUCUAAAAUUCCAGAGCAGAGUGUGAUUCUGCUGCACGCCUGUGCACACAACCCCACUGGUGUGGACCCUCGGCCUGAACAGUGGAAAGAGAUUGCUGAAGUUGUAAAAAAAAGGAACCUGCUUGUCUUCUUCGACAUGGCCUACCAAGGGUUUGCUAGUGGAGAUAUUAACCGUGAUGCCUGGGCAGUUCGUUAUUUCAUAGAUAAGGGUCACAACAUCCUGCUGUCUCAGUCCUUUGCUAAGAACAUGGGUCUCUAUGGUGAGCGAGUUGGAGGGUUCUCUGUGGUGUGCAGUGAUGCUGAUGAAGCUAAAAGGGUUGAAUCUCAGCUCAAGAUCCUCAUUCGGCCAAUUUACUCCAAUCCGCCAAUGAACGGCGCCAGAAUUGCCACAACUAUUCUUAACACACCUGAUCUGUAUUCACUGUGGUUGGAGGAAGUUCAUGGCAUGGCAAAUCGGAUUAUCAAAAUGAGGGAACAGUUGGUGGCUGGUCUGAAGAAGGAAGGUUCCACUCACAACUGGCAGCAUGUCAUUGACCAAAUUGGGAUGUUUUGCUUCACAGGCCUCAAACCGGAACAGGUUGAAUGUCUGAUAAAGGAGUAUUCUGUGUACAUGACCAAGGAUGGUAGAAUUUCUAUGGCAGGUGUGUCCUCUGGAAACGUGGAAUACCUGGCUCAUGCGAUCCAUGCUGUCACGAAGUAGAGCGGUUCUGUGAUAUUGAGCUACAAAAUCAAAAAUGCUUGAGGAGUUCCUGGGUCACCUCUUUUCUCCUACAUUUUGCUUAUAGCUGGCGGACUUAUUUUUUGUCAGCUUUUCUUCACACUGGUUUCAGUUUUAAAAUUACUUUUAGAGUUUAAACCCCCCUUCAAUUUCUUUGUAAACAUGCUAAAUGUGACUGAACCUGCAUUUGAAUUAAGGUGUGCUAUUUCUAUAAAGGUUUAACUUUUAGUGGACAGUUAAUAUAAACAAAGCCAACAUUUGUUUUCUUAAAUGUUGAUCUUAAAAAUUAUUUUGCACUUUAGACGUUCAGGCACUUGUUUUUUUUUUUUUGUAAUGACUGGCUAAAGCCCUACUUAUGUCAGCUACUUGGUUUAGGUCAUAAACUGAAAUGCUCACACUCGCCAGUCAAUAAUCAAUCAUGUUUGUAAAAUGCUGCAGAAUUAAACACACCAGUCAAAUGGAGAGGUCGGUGAUGCAGACUGUAGAUGAACUGUAAAUGUUUUAUAGUCCCAGUUUGUCCUAGUUUAAGUCUUUGAUUGUGUGACUGCAAAUGGUUGUGUGGAAGUAUAAAUGACUGUAAUGGCAAAGAGGAGACAUGCAACUCUCAUUGAUAUUGAUACAAAUUUGGUUCUGUUCUGUAAACUGAAAACCAAUCUUCAAAAAUCCAACUCAAACCUGUUAUAUUGCAUUUUUAUCAUACAAAGCAGCUUGUUAUUGGUCAUGUUCAUCACUGAACUUUAAUAAACUAUGGUGGUAAACUUG